CCGAAUCAAAAUGAAAUCAAAGGCUAAGGAAUUACGAAGAAGUCCAGGAAGGAAAAAUCUUCCUACAAAGAAAAGCUACAAACCUCAGAAAAAUUCCGAAAAUUUCAAAAUGAAAGAGGAUUAUUUGGAUGAAUACAAAACUCAAGACCCAGAGAUGAAGAAAGAAGUUGUGGAAAUGAGCUUUGAGAGCGAAUAUGGCAAAUCUAUCCCAAUCAGCAGUGAAAGUUCUGCUAAGAAAAUCUCUGAAAUGCCAGAAGGAGACAUCGGAGUGAUUGAUUAUGAAAAGCUUAUCAAGUCUUUAUGAAUUAGCCAAGCAAAGCUAAAAAGAAUCUUUAAUUUUCAUAUCAAAAGUACGCAUAAUAAAAUAGAAUUUUCUGAGUUCUUAAAGUUCUGAAAAAGCACUCAAAUCUUCCCUAAUUUUAUUUCAAUAAUGUACCUCAAGAAGCUUGUUCAAGAGAUUAUGGAUGAAUCGAAUGGUAAAUAAGGCGAAGAGGUCCCCUAGAACGAUAGAAAGAUCUGUGAGCAACAGCACGUUGUUAACCUUCAAGGAUUUCAACAAAUCAAUUAAAUAAAAUGGCUCUUUUUACAGUAGAUUCCUCUGCAGAGGAGGUCGCUGGAGAUAAGAUAAAAGGAUUCAUAAAGCACAUCAAUGUUAACUGACAGUAUAACUACAAUGUCAAUAACCUUAUCUCUGAAACUCCUCAGACACCUGUAAGAUGAGAGACUCCUUCCAAGUCAGAAACUUCUCUCAAGAAAAGGACGCCUCAAAGCUUCACUUCAAGCACAUGAGGGCAACGUGAAGAUGAACAUCUGGCUAAAACAGAGGAAGCUUCCUCUAGAGAUGACUUUAAUGAGAAGACAAGUGAUUCCAAUAUGAUAGAUGAAAAUAUAAACAAAGCCUUAGAAGCCCUCAAGAAUCCAAGACCGAGUUGUCCUCAAUCCAGUGAGAAGCAAUCAAAUGCUGAUUCAUCAAAGAAGAAAGAUUUUGAAGACAUUUCUAUUUCCAAUCUUGACCAAAGUGCUUUUAGAAAACAAGCCAGUAAUGAUCUAUAUAUUGAAAAUCCAACAAAAGAGAAUCCAUUUUGAAGAUAUAAAUCAACAUCUAGGAGCAAGAGAAACAAUUCAGGGAGUCCACAUAGAGUCAAAGAGAAGGAAGAACUUGAGGAGUUCCUUGCAUUUGAGGAAUCAUGUCAGAAACCAAGUAUGCUGAAUUCUCAAAAGAUCUCUCAAAACCCUCCUCCAGAGCCUCAAUAUACCAAAAAUCAGAUAUAUAGUAACAACUAUACAACUCCUGGAACUGAAAUUCCUAAUUUUGACCACCAAGGGCUACCAGAUAAUAAGCAAUUUGAUGACGUUUUCCCUCUUAAAUCUGCAUCAGAGCUCGAAAACCCUAUCAUAGAAAAUGCGGAUAAAAUCCCCGAUCCAGACUGUAUAGAGCAAGAAUUAGCAGAGGAUUAUGACAAAAAGCUGCAAGAGAUUCAAGAAAAAUACAAGAAAGCACUCAACAUCGGAUCUGCCCAAGAAUCCAUUGGAAAGAAGGGGGAUAAAACCAAGAAAGAGAUAUUCUCAGCAGAGGAAUUUAAAAAGAUGAAAACACUUGUCUCAAAAAGAGAGAAAUCAGCCAAGCCAGUCACUAAAAAGAGAAAUGAUACUCUCAAGCCGAGACUUAAGCCAAAGGAAAAAUCAACUUCAAGAGUUAAACUGACUAAAACUUUUGAAUCAAAAAGUUCGAAAAAGACUCCCAAAUCUACUGUUUCUAAGAACAAGAAGACUAAUAGAAGCAGGAGUAUUCACAGGAAUAAAGAUCUUGUGCCAAAACCUAAAGAAAAGAAGGGGCCAAGAAAGGAGCUGUCUAAACCAAGGGACACCAAAGGAUCUAAGACUGAGCACCCCGGUCUUGAUAAUAUCAAGAAUUCGAUUCUAAAGAUUAAAGAAAAAGCCUUCAGUACUAGUAAAGAAGACAAGCUAUCCAAAGAUGACAAGAUUUUGAAGACACUUGAUGCAGAAAUGAGGGCAUAUGUCUCCAUCUCUUCUAUUGAUCUAUGAAAUGCUAAGGAGAAGAAGGAAGAAGAAUCAAUAAUAAUGAAAGAUUUUGAAAAUAUUCCGAAGGAAAUACCGACAUUCUCUCUUCACCAAGAGGAUAGUAAGGAAGGUGCGGAUGAGCCUGAUACUUCGAAUCUGACAAAUAAGGAGCCUGAAUCAUAUCAUCCUUCAGAGAGCAAGUAUUUACCUAAGCAUGCUAGUUCCUUGGUCUCUACAACUUUUGAUAAAUUAAGGUAUAAUGAAGAAAAGACUGAUUUCCAAAAUGAUUUCUCAAAAGACUCAAAUUUUGACCUUCUUGUCCAAGAGAAGCCCUUAAAGUCUCUAAAUGUAAGUAAGACUAUUGAAGCUUCAUCCAAGACAUUAUCCGCACCACUAGAAACAGAUCUCGGACGUAAAUAGAACAGUGAGAUUCGAAGAAACAGAUCACAUUCGUCAAAAAUAGCAGUCUUAACCCUUACAGCAAAGGACAAAUUAUUCAUGAAGAAGAAAAGUAUACCAAUAGUGCAUCUAAAGUGCUCCAACCAAGUGAGCAUAUCGUUAAAGCUCCACAAUGGCAGAUAGAGCCAAGUGAUUGCUCAGAAAAAGCUAUCAACAUGAAGCAAGAAGUAUACAACCCAAAAUCUGAGGUUGGUUUACUUGAAAAGAUUCAGAAACCUCACAUUGAUUACAAUAAUGAAAGCAUUAGUUCAAAUUUUCCUUCUAUUACUAAUCUGAGAGCAAAUGUAUCAAAACAUCAAGAGAAGGUAGGCGCUGAGAGUGGUUAUAAAGUUGGAGUCCAAAACUAUAUUGAGUCCAGAGAGACUCCUGAGAAAAGAAUUGCCCUCAAAUUAACCUUUAAAAACCUAGAAAGAAUGGUACAGCUGAGGCAUAGAGAACACCUUCAUGAAGGAUUUAAGAAGAUCAAAGAUAUGAACAACCUGUGCAGAGAAUAUAGGUCACAGAUGCUUUUGUCUCUCACUAAAUUGUUCAGUGUGAUUAAGCAUAAACAAACCAUACACAAGUCCCAGGCGUUGAAUAUCUUAGCAACAAAGGCUAAAAUGGAAGCAAUGGCUGACUCUCUUGCAUCAGAUGCGACCAACUCUCUCAAAGGUCUCCUUAUGGAUAGAAUGAAGCAUAUGAUGUAAUGGAAUAUUUCAAUUA